AGAAAAACAAUUGGGAUUUAUGAAGUAUUGAACUAUACAUUCAAGCAUGCAAUACUCUACGCCUACUAUUAAUGUCAACGAAAGGGUCACUAAACCCCUUAGCAAAAUCUUGCAACCCAGUGCCCUUCCCAAACCUCGAAGACUUUUAUUCAAGAACGUUAAUGUGAUUGACGUUGUCAAGAAUCAAACAAAUACCAGAACCAAUGUUCUUGUCAGCAAUGGGGUUAUCGAGACAAUUUCCCAGGACAUUUUCGAUACGUCAGGCUCGGUUGAAAUUGAUUGUCAUGGCAAGUAUCUUUGUCCUGGACUUUUCGAUAACCAUGUUCAUGUAACCGUCGUUCCAGGAGAGAAGGAUUUGGAAGGCUGUAUGAAUAUGGUGAAGACCAAAUCGUUGAUGCUGGUAGGUAACACCUGUGAAAUGAUGCUCUCUAGAGGGUUCACCACUAUACGUGAUUGUGGAGGUUGUGAAAGUUAUGUUAGCAAAGCCAUUGAGCAGGGGAUCAUUUUGGGCCCCCGUAUGGUGAUUGCUGGUCAUGCCAUAUCACAAACUGGAGGACAUGGUGAUACAAGAAGCGGAGAUGUUCCUGGCCUGAGCUACGAUAGCUGCUCAUGCCAUGUUAAUUUUGUUGGAGUUAUUGCCGAUGGAGUUGAAGAGGUAUAUAAAGCACUGAGAGAAGAGUUAAGAAGAGGAGCAAACUUCAUCAAGAUAAUGGGAGGUGGAGGUGUUGCAUCACCCACGGACAAAAUCAGCAACGUCCAAUACUGUGAAGACGAAAUACAAGCCAUUGUUCGAGUUGCCAAUAGUUAUGGCACUUAUGUGACUGCCCAUGCUUAUACUCCACAGCUGAUUCAGAACUGUAUAACGAACGGGGUCAAAGGUAUUGAACACGGGAAUUUAAUCGACGAUAGAACUGCUAAACUAAUGGCUGAGAAAAACUGCUAUCUUACACCAACUUUGGUUACUUAUAAGAUCAUGGCCAGCGACCAAUUUCAAUUUUAUGUUAGUGAAUCAACCCAAAAGAAAAACCAACAAGUUUUGAUCAAAGGGUUAGAGUCAUUACAAAUUGCUUCGAGAAACGGUGUUACCAUGUGCUAUGGAAGUGACUUACUUGGUCCCUUGGUAGCUUAUCAAACGCAGGAAUUUUUCAUCCGUUCGAAAGUUUUAACAAACCACGAUAUCUUAAUGUCAGCCACAGUCAACCCGGCCAAGAUGAAUGGCUUGGAUGAUAAGUUGGGUCAGAUCAAACCCGGCUACAUUGCUGAUCUCAUCCUACUCGAUAAAAAUCCUUUAGAAGACAUUACUAUAUUAGAUGAACCAGAACUUCACUUGAAUUUUGUAAUGAAAGAUGGGUUGAUCUAUAAAACUUAUAACAGCUUAGUUGACGGUGACUUUAAAAGUAGAGAUUUAUUAGUAUAAUACAUAUAUAGAUCAAUAAGAGUUGCAAAAUUAAACCUCCUCUAUAAAUAGACUACAGGAGUAUGUGAAAGCUCAAAACCCGGUAUACAAGCCGGAAAGGAUCGUUGCUUGCAGUUUUUGGCGGUUUUAACUGUAUACAGCGUUCCAGGCACAGAAGGUUAAGAGUCUUACCAGUACCUGAAUAUAAGAGUAGCUCAAACGGGACAUUUUCAAACCUCGAGCAAAAACAGUAUAGUCUCUCGAGCAGGACCAAGCCUCGGCUAGCACACCUCGAAUACCCCGAGUAAGCACAACAUCAACCGCUAAUCACCCAACAGCUCCCUACUAAACCAACACUAGAAUACACGUAAGAAACAGUGGGAGCUUCGUAGUGAAAAAUUUUGUUAUGGCAUGGGAUGCGGUCACGUGACCGAGGGAAAGUUUAAUCAACCGUCAAAAAGGUCUUCUUUUGUAUCAAUAAGUAAUGCAAUCGUGUAUAUUCAGG